GUUCUCUUUUGUGUUGUUUCUUGUUUGUCGGUUCGCGAGACUUGUUUGCCCCCGAGCCACGUGACCCGGUCGGUGACCUCUGCCGAGGGACUUGGUUGAGGCAGUUAGUCGGUGCAGAGACGGCGGACGAGAUGGACGAGUACAAGUCGCCGCUGUCGUCGCGCUACUGCUCCAAGGAGAUGCAGUUCCUCUUCAGCGACCAGAAGAGGUUCUCCACCUGGCGCACCCUCUGGACCCACCUCGCCCACGCACAAAAGGAGCUGGGCCUGUCAGUGAGCGAGCAGCAGCUUGCGGAGAUGCGCGCGCACGUGGACGCAAUCGACUUUGAUUUUGCGCGGGAGGAGGAGCGACGCGUGCGUCACGACGUCAUGGCGCAUGUGCACACGUUCGCCCGGUGCUGCCCCCUGGCGGCGCCCAUCAUCCACCUCGGCGCCACCUCCUGCUUCAUCACCGACAACACCGACCUGUUGGUGAUGCGCGAGGCGCUGGAGUUGGUGCGCGUGCGCGUGGCCGGUUGCGUGGCGCAGCUGGCGCGCUUCGCCGACGCCCACCGGACGCUGCCCACGCUCGGCUUCACCCACUUCCAACCGGCGCAGAUGACGACGGUGGGCAAGAGGGCGUGUCUUUGGCUGCAGGACUUGCUGAUGGACGAACGUACCCUGAGGCGCGUACAGGCCGAGCUGCGCUUCCGCGGCGCCAAGGGCACCACUGGCACCCAGGCCUCCUUCCUCCAACUCUUUGAUGGUGACGGUAAGAAGGUGAAGCGGCUGGACGAGUUGGUGUGUCGAUUGGCGGGAUUCGAGCGCAGUUUCCUCAUCUGCGGCCAAACUUACACGCGCAAGCAGGACGUCGAGGUGGUCAACGCCCUUGCCGCUCUAGGAGCCUCCGUCCACAAGAUGUGCACGGAUUUGCGUCUGCUGGCGAACCUGAAGGAGUUGGAGGAGCCGUUUGAGAAGGACCAGAUCGGCUCGUCGGCCAUGGCGUACAAACGCAACCCGAUGCGCAGCGAGCGGUGCUGCGCCCUGGCCAGGCACCUGAUGGCCCUGCCGGCCAACGCCCUCAACACCCACGCCGUCCAGUGGCUCGAGCGCACCCUCGACGACAGCGCCAACAGACGGCUGACCCUGUCGGAGGCCUUCUUGACCGCCGACGCCGUGCUGCUGACCCUGCUGAACGUGACCCAGGGUCUGGUGGUGUACCCAAAGGUCAUCGAGCGCCACAUCGCACAGGAGUUGCCCUUCAUGGCCACCGAGAACAUCAUCAUGGCCAUGGUGCGCGCAGGCGCCGACCGCCAGGAGUGCCACGAGCAGAUCAGGGUGUUUUCUCAGGAGGCGGCCGCAGAGGUGAAGCAGCACGGGCGAGACAAUGACUUGGUCGAAAGGGUCAAAGGGUGCGCCUACUUUGCCCCAAUUCUGCCCCAACUUGACGCCCUGCUGGACCCCUCCACCUUCGUCGGCCGCGCCCCUCAACAGGUCACCGAGUUUCUGGAGGAGGAGGUGCGCCCUGUGCUCGCCCUUUACAAGGGCAAGAUCGAGUCGCUUAGCUCGGAGCUCAAAGUUUGAAAACCAAAGUAGCCUUUUUGGUUAGGUGGGAAAUAAUUAUUCAAGAACUCUGUGGGUUGAAGAUGAAAAAUAAUUUAUUAGUUAAUUUUCAUUCUUAAUGGUGUACGUACGAAAGAAAUAUUCAGUUUGUAUCGGAGAAUAAAAUGUAAAUCAAAGGAAUUUUAAA